ACGACCACAACAUAAUGGCAGCCACCUUGUCAGAAAUAUUUUUGCUUCCAGUUUCUGAAGAAUGAGAUCGCGUAGGUCUAAAACGACGACCACAACAUAAUGGCAGCCACCUUGUCAGAAAUAUUUUUGCUUCCAGUUUCUGAAGAGUUUAUCAAAGACAAAGAUGAGAAAGUAUGUGUGGUAUCAAUUGUUGGCAAAUCCGCCUUGAGCUAUUCAAGAUGUAAGGCCUCCAUGCUCAAUCCUAUUUUCAACAUGGAUAUGUUUGGGAAUACAUCACAGGACACCAAUGGAAAUCGCUCCGAAGAUCACAGCCAGUUUCUCAUCGAAGGUUACUACGACAGUCAGAAGCGUGUGGUCUACCUGCAUAUGAUUUCACCGUACGAUACCUUUACUCUAGCAGAACUGUGCAAGAAGGUGGAGAAGGAUGUUGAGGACCAGGGUUUUCAUAAAGCAUGGUAUGAACAGGAUCACAAGUAUGCCAAAGCUUUACUCUUCAUCUUCUCUGUAUCGCACAUCAUUUUGUUGUCCCAGCCUGGUUCCUCCUUUGACAUCUCAUAUGUGAGGCUUUUCAGGACUUUGGAUACUAUCAGGGUAAAGCUGCAGCCUUCCAUAACAGACCAACUAAAGGUGUUCCCAAUCUCAAAGGAGUGGAUGAUUGCUGGGAGGCCGUGCAGUCCACGUGUCCUGUUCAUCUUUGAGAAUCAUAGCUUGGAGUUAGCAGCUUCAAAUGGGGGCGCUGGCGAUGGUGUUGAUCUCACUCGGUCGAAAACUAUGAAAUCGCCAGCCAUUGCUAUCAAGAAACUGCAACACGCAGUUGAGGAUCAAAUAUACAGAAUUCUUAGGAAAUCUAGAGUGAUCACAAAUAUAAGUAACAACUCAUUAUUUGCCGUGCCAGCCAAUGAGGAAUUUGUCUACAUUCAUUCAUCCAAGCCAGAGAUUGACGAUCAUGUCAACUUCUACUUGAAUCAUCUACGAAACAUGUGCCAAAGUAGCAAGGAAACAGAAGGUCCACGCAUCCACAGCUACCAGACGACACGACGUAGCCUGCAGGGCUCCCUAAGCAUCGACUCAAAUCGGUCAACAUCAUCCAUGAAACCCUCCGCCGAACAUGGUCUAAAAGACUUCCUGUGGCAUCACAUAGACUUGGCAAUGACGAAGGGCUUUGAUGAUAAUGUUGGAAGAAAUCCAGUGUCUGCAUUGUUUGAGUUGCCAACUGCUGAGACAUGGUUCCUGAUCAGCAACAAGCUACAUCAGUUCUUUCUCUCCGACUUGAAGGAAGGUCAGGCAAGGGCAAGCUUCAACACAUUGAAAUCACUAUUGGAGAUUGAUACAAGAUUUUCUGAAAGUCGAUGCCACAAAGUGCUUUCCCCUGCUGAGGGUGCAUACCAGGAGGGUCUCCCCCAAUACUACCCCCAGAGUUACCACCUGAACAAGUUGGCACAGGCCCGCCAUGUUUUUCUUCAGAAUGCCCGGGGGCCUGCCUGUGAUAAGUAUCUAGUACAACUUGACGAAGCCUGUGAGCGGAUAUGGAAAAAUGGACGCCGACAAUGUGAGGCUAUUAGCUUGACUGGCAAUCCAUGUCUGAAUGAGCUUCACAAACUGUUGGAAGCGGAUCCUGAUGAUAACAUCCCUGUCAUGGCUCACUCGAGUAAGAUCAAAAUGAAGUCAUUCUGUAACUGUGGAAGGAAACAGGCAGAACGAGAUGAUCCUUUUGACCACAGGGCUGCAAAUUAUGAAUUUUAUGAAAACUUUGAACAGACCUGCUGUAACAAAUUAGACCAUGUGGAACUGCCCAUCUUUAAGCCAAGCACGUCGGAGGUGAAAGCAGGAAGGGUACAGUUGGCGAGAGAUACCACCAAGUCUCCAGUCAGCAGAAAGGACUCCACAAAACUAGAUGUGACAGCUCAUAUGUCCAAUUUAAGUUUGGCACUAAGUUUAGGUCAGUCAGGAGGAAGUGACCUCUACGGCCACCAUGGCGGACAGAGUGGCCGCAGUGACAAGAGUGCUGCAGAGGUACCACUGGCAGAGGCCCGCCAGUCAUCUAGUGAUCCGGAUCAUGAAGAAGAAGCCGAAAAUGAAGCUGAUGCUGAGGCAGAUGUGGAAGUAGAGAACGAAAGUGAGGCUGAUGUUGAGGCCGAAAUUGAGAAUGAGGCUGCAGUUGAAGAGGCUGAGGUGGAAGAGAAUGCAGAACCUGCGGUGUUUGAUGAUGAGCCACUUGCGGACAUAAGUACAUUUUCAGAGCGCCAGCCAUUUCGCCAGAUUUCUACGACUGAGUACCAUCCCGGUAUGAUCCAUACAAUGAGCCCCCCGGGCCUGCUGCCAAAGUUUCCGUCAUGGUCCCUGGUUACAAUUGGGCGCUACACUUCUUAUUCUCAUGCGCAAGGCCUCGAUCAGUCUGGUUUCCUCCACGGCACUAACUUCCUGCUGCCCUGGGACAUCCAUCUCAAGGUUGACAAGGAGAGAUGGCCGGCUGUGUCCGAGUCAUCAAAGAAAUCCAAGGGAAAGAAGGGACAUAAAGAAUCUGGUGAAGUUAGCCUAAAAGUGUUUGUCGGUCUUGAGUAUGAAUGUCCGAGAGGUCAUCGAUUCUUCAUGUCCACUCCAGAUAAGGUCAUCAAGUCAAACAGUGGAUCAUCAUUGAAGGAGAGUGCCAACAAGCUGCUGGGCUCAGACAUGCCGCUUUACUUCUCCUGCCAGUGUAGCUCCAAGGGUUACAUGGGCCAGCUCAUGCGAGUGUUUGUGGCUGCCCCAGAAGGCCCGAUGCAGGUGACGUUAAACCCACAGGUCAGGCCAAACCCUCCACCAUGCCCAGUGUUCUACCCUGGUAAUGAUCAGCCCAUAAAACUUCCACAGGGAAUGGUCAGCGUGCUGCGAUUACCAUAUGUGUACAUGGGUGAAAAUGGCCCCUGCGUCAUUCCCAAUGACCCACGGCAACUUGCUGAGUGCAUGAUAAUGAAAGGCCUGUUCAGCUAUCUGGAGAUCAACCAAAAAUGAAGGUACUUUCAAGGUCAACCUGUGAAGGAAGAGUUAAAAUUUGUACCUGUUUGUCGACUGUGGCAAGGGGCUCAGGGUUGAAAACCUUGUAAUGUUAUGUGUAAUUCAUGUGAAAUGAAGGUUGGUUGCGAGUGUAACAGUUUAACUGAAGACUCUUCUCAAAGUUCUGGAGAAAGUUACAUGUGUCAAAAUCUAUAAGGUGGAAAACUUUGUUUACAUGUAAUGAUAUUAAAGAGACUUCAUGUGUCUGAACUGUGGACUCCUGAAGCGAAGGAACUACCAGAAGUUCAAUACGUGAAGAAGGUCCAUGAAAACACAACCUUGUCUCGCUUAGUUCCAGUUUAUGUCAGAUGGGGCGCUGUGUUUAGCUUCUUGGUAGACCAGCUAUAAGGAUGGAAUAGCCGUUGGCCCAUAGGACUUAAAGGGGGAGAUCUAGCUGUUUUAGGGCAGUUGUAGGAAUUGGAAUUUCAGGUGUCGGACAACAGAUUGCAGUUGUCUGUUAAAUGAGAGCACCUCAUUUCAAGAUAGUGAUUCCAGUGCAAUCAAAUUUAUUGGAGUGGUCAGUGAAGCAUGACGCCAUGAAAUCAUUGCAUAACCUAGAAAACUAUCAAAUAGUUAUUUUGUUCUUCGUCAAACAUCCGGACUGUGGGUGGGUGGCAAACGUCCGGACUAUGGGUGCGUGGCAGUGUUGGGUUGUUCGACCCUGUUUGUUGCCGAACUGUUGCAGAUGAAUUAUUAGCUAGUUGUAGUGCGAGUUAUUAACUGAUGACGGGCCACCAAAGCCUGCAUUCAACUAAUCAAUGGUCAAGCGAGACGAAGGGAUUGCUUUGGUUUCCAUGUGACUUCAACAUGGAAGGCCUUUGUGUACUCCCGGUGUAAAGCCUAGUUUGGCCAUGGCCUACUUGAUUUUUCAAUCGAGAUAUGGACAACGCGAUCAAAUUGACACCAUGUUGGAUUUGACUGAACAGAGCCAUGGCCAAAGAGAGUUUUUGCCAUCUAUCGUGUGGACAAUUUAUGGAAUUUUAGGUAUGAUACUAUCAAAAGUAUACAAGAGGAAGGGAUCGAGUAUCUUUAUUUUUCCGUCCGAUUGUCCUUACAGAAAUUGUUGUUUGUAAUUAAACCUUACAUAACCAAUUCCAAGCGAACCGGACCGACGCCGAAGACACUUUUUCGGCUUCUCUUCUCACCAUUUCACCCUUCCCUGCCAAGUUCCUAAUUUAGCAGCUCAACAGCACUUGCUUUAUAAUACUCGACUAUUUUUUAAAUAAAACUGCAAAAUUGAACUCUAUAAGUCAAUUUUAAAAACUCACAAUUGGUUAACUAAUAACUGGUUCCAACAGCCUGAUUCAACUAAUUACUCGUCCUGCAACUAAUUUCUCAAAACAAUGAGAAAAUAUAUUGUCGAAGUCCAAAUGCAAUCUCGAUAUUUUUCUCGACCUCGCUGAUGCCAAUGACCAUGGGGAAUGUUCCAUCUCAAAUCCCAGUCCUAGGCCUAGCGAGGAUUGAUGCAUGCCAAAUUGCUGAUCCUCUUCACACUCGUUAAUAUCUGCCAUUGUUUAUGCAUGUCCUGUCUAAAAUAUUCGAUAAACAAGGCCUAAAGAGGUGGCGAACGACUACCGAACGAUUACUUCAGUCACGUGACCUAUUUUUGCGGGAAUUGACGACAGUGCGCGGCCAUGCUCUUUUCUCGAAACGGGGCUAACUGUCUUUGGGCCUCGAUUUUACGCUUAUUUCUAGGGUUUACCACUUAAAGUCUUUCUGACUAUUCUAUACAUCUUUAACUUCGAUCUGCUACCAGUUUGGGGACAAGACCAAUUAAAUUGACUAUCUUAUCUUCUUUUUAAAUCAAGUAUCUUUAUUUUUCCGUCUGAUUGUCCUUACAGAAAUUGUCGUUCGCAAUUAAACCUUACAUAAUUCGAAGCGAACCGGACCCUCGCCGAAGACACUUUUUCGGCUUCUCUUCUAACCACCUAUACUUAGAUUAAUAUCUAUAUGCGGACAAUUUUGUCCCUCGUGAAAGGUGCUUCUUAGAGAUGAUACAGAAAUCAUGUUUUAAUUUGGUGGUGCCAGUUUCACCAAGAAUAUGUAGAAAUUUGUGGUCAGAACGAUGCUUUACAAAGUUGGGUAAGAACUACAUGUAAGUAUGUUAUUCAUGUGCCAUUUGUAAGGGAUGUUGAAAUAUGGUCAAUAAAUA